AUGACGCUUGCGUUGACUAGCACGAUUAUGGAUCAUGGGUUAAGUAAGCGGAAUCCUACACUCUGCUUAGUAGACAUGGCUACUUCGUACGUUCCGUCUCAUGCUAGCAUCACUCAUUCACACCCAGGCUUCAAUGGUGUGUCGGCGGGAUAUCCUCUGAGUCAGGCCGUUGCUGCAGCUACCCACAACCGCGGAUCUCAGGAACAAAGUGUAUCGGACAUGUUGAGCCCGUUCAUGGACACAACCCACAUGGGUGGUAUCAAACUAUCCCCACCUCACGUAAUGCCAGGAGACCUGACGGCUCAAGGAAACCACCAGUUCCCUUCCCAGACAAAUGGGUACGGCGUUUCUCAUCCUCAUCAUCAUCAUCACGGUCACGUCAGCAGCUAUGCCGCCCUUAAUGGCAACGGUCCAUCUCAUCAUGGAAUGUUCGUUCCCUCCUCAGCUGCACUUCAUGUUGCCCAUCAUACGGGUGACCCGGCAUCCACUCACGUGCUAUUUCUUGGGUUUGAUCACCCGUCAGCACAUCACGCGGGGCACGUGAACGGCCAAGUAAGGCUUUCUCUUUCCAGUACAGACAUGUAUGGCCGGGCAGACACCUUCAAUCAAAUGACCGGGCCAAGGACAGAUCACCUGCCUGCUACUUAUGGGCCAAUGAAUAUGGGGCACAUGAAUAUGGGACCCCAUGGUCCUGGGGCCUUUUUUAGAUAUAUGCGUCAUCCCAUAAAGCAGGAAAUAACGUGCUUAUGGGUUGAAUCAGAUGAACCAACAUUACACAAAGCAUGUAACAAGACUUUUACAUCGAUGCACGAGAUAGUCGCCCAUCUGACGAUAGAUCAUGUGGGGGGAACAGAAUCCAAUAACCACGCCUGCUUUUGGCAAGACUGUCCUCGCAAUGGGAGACCUUUUAAAGCCAAGUACAAGCUGGUCAACCACUUACGGGUGCACACGGGCGAGAAGCCUUUCCCUUGUCCUUUCCCCGGCUGCGGCAAAGUGUUCGCUAGGAGCGAAAACUUGAAAAUCCACAAAAGAACACACACAGGUGAAAAGCCUUUCAAAUGCGAAUACGAGGGAUGCGAUAGAAGGUUCGCUAACAGUUCUGACCGUAAAAAGCAUUCCCACGUGCAUACGAGUGACAAGCCUUACAACUGUAAAAUCCGAGGCUGUGACAAGAGCUACACACACCCGAGUUCCUUGAGAAAACACAUGAAGAUCCACGGAAAGUCAUCACCGCCACUAAACGCUCUUCCUCCGGGUUCUGCUGGGAGUAAUACUUCUGGUUCGGGCUACGACAGCGACACUCCGAGCAACACCACGAGUGGAAAAUGCGCUAGCCGAAAUAGUCUAGUCGGAUCAGGUGGACGAUCUGCGAUCACGGGCCUCAGGACAUUACCCGUAGGCCAGUCCAAUCCGCCUCACAGUUUAAGUGCGUGUGGACCUACAACAAAUUUAAGUGAGUGGUACAUCUGUCAAUCGGUAGGGGGCAUGUCAACCCCACCUAGUAACGAACAUUCGCCCUUUGGUGGAGUCGCGGCUCACGAGUACCAUCUCCACAAAGCGUCUGCGUACUGACCACCGGUCACUCCUACCAAGGUAGGACAGCCUUUGUUUAGGUAUAGACAUUCCCUUCUAACCCUAUACACUUAUGUGGUCGAGUGAAAAGUGUGGGCCUACAUUUGUUUGAAAACUUUUGGUCACUCCAACGAAACGACUAUAUUUUUUUUCUCGUAUAGGUGAAAUAUUUAACUGAGUGACAGCUUGCUCGACUUUACAGAAAGGAUUUGUUUUUAAGACAAUA